CAGCUUCCUGGAUAUCAAACACCGUUACUACUUACGUUGAACUUUUCCGUGAGCAUGUUUAGCAUUUUUAAUUAUUAAUCCUGGGAGUUACGUUACGAACAACCUACGAAUAUGGGCCUAUCGAUGGUUGAGCUUCGCCUGUCCCUAAAGCAAAGGUAUUUUCUCCUGCUGUGUGUUGCUGUCGGAGCAAUACUCGCGUACCAGCUCACAAGGCAUCGCCUUGAUGAGAGAAUAAUGAGCCGUGUGGAGGGUCUGAGGGCCAACUCCUCUCAGUUCACUCUGGAGGGAGCACCCUUCCGCAUCCUGGGGGGCUCCAUCCAUUACUUCCGUGUACCCAGAGCCUACUGGGAGGACCGGCUGCUGAAGAUGAAGGCCUGUGGCCUCAACACUGUCACCACGUAUGUGCCGUGGAACCUGCAUGAGCCCGAGCGAGGGGUGUUCCACUUUGAGGACCAGCUCGACUUAGAAUCCUACCUCCGCCUAGCAGCCAGCUUGGGCCUCUGGGUCAUUCUGCGUCCAGGGCCGUACAUCUGUGCUGAGUGGGAUUUAGGGGGGCUGCCCAGUUGGCUACUGCGGGAUCCAAACAUGAAACUAAGAACGACCUACCCAAGAUUCACCGAUGCAGUCAACUCCUUCUUUAAUCAGCUCAUUAAGAAAGUGGUUCCACAUCAGUACUCCAAGGGCGGCCCGAUUAUCGCAGUUCAAGUGGAGAAUGAAUACGGCUCCUAUGCUAAAGAUGGAGAGUACAUGCCUUUCAUCAAAGAGGCGUUAUUGUCCAGGGGCAUCACCGAGCUGCUGCUGACUUCAGACAACAAGGAAGGACUAAAGCGUGGUGGAGUGAAAGGAGCAUUAGAAACCAUCAAUUUCCAGAAACUGAACAUGAAUGACAUCAAGUAUCUGGAUGGAAUACAACCUCACAAGCCUAAGAUGGUGAUGGAGUACUGGUCUGGCUGGUUCGAUCUUUGGGGGGACCUUCAUCAUGUGUUCACAGCUGAAGAUAUGGUCGACGUGGUCACAGAGAUCCUGAAACUGGACAUGUCCAUCAACCUCUACAUGUUCCACGGAGGGACCAAUUUCGGCUUCAUGAGCGGAGCGCUCGCCGCUGGAAUGCCGGCGCCUAAACCGAUGGUGACGAGCUACGAUUACGAUGCUCCAUUAUCCGAGGCUGGGGAUUACACCGCCAAGUACCAUCUUCUGAGGAAUGUAUUCAGCCGCUACCACGCCCAGCCUCUCCCUGAACUGCCCUCUCAUCAGGAGAGGAGAGCGUACCAGGCUGUCGUCGUCCAGCAGCACCUGUCUCUGUGGGACAGUCUGCAUUUCACUGACAAGCCUUUGAAGUCCGAGAGGCCGGUGAACAUGGAGAAUCUCCCCGUCAACAACAACAAUGGUCAGUCUUACGGGUACACGCUGUAUGAGACCCCCAUCACCAGCGAGGGGACACUCAACUCAAAGAACAACAUCAGAGACCGAGCACUGGUUUUUGUGGCUAAACAUUUUGUUGGUGUGCUGGAUUACGAAACGCAAGAACUUUCACUCCCUGGUGGGAAGGGAAAACGAACUCUCAGUCUGUUGGUGGAGAACUGUGGAAGAGUGAAUUAUGGGAACACCCUGGAUGAGCAGCGCAAAGGUCUGGUUGGAGAUAUCGAGUUAAACAAGCGGCCCCUCCGUGACUUCCUAAUUCGUGGUCUGGACAUGAAGCCAGGCUUUGUAAACAGUCUCGAGUAUUCAGGCCACUGGAUGUCUACGCGUCAGCGGCCCACCUUCCCAUCAUUUUUCCAGGCCAGACUGUAUGUGAACAGCUCUCCCAAAGACACCUUCAUCAAACUCCCUGGCUGGAGCAAAGGUGUCGUGUUUAUCAACGGCAAGAAUCUGGGUCGCUAUUGGUCCAUCGGUCCUCAGCAGACUCUGUAUGUCCCGGGCCCCUGGCUGCACAGGGGGGACAACCAGGUUGUAGUGUUUGAGGAGCAGGAAACCGACGGCAAGAUCCAGUUCACCAGCAGUCCUGACUACGGCAUGGCCGCGGAUGUACAGUGAGGGCGCGGAGGCUGGGGGGGGGGACAUCUGUCCUGUCAGAAGACACCGACACGGCAAGGAUCCAGACUUUAAUUCGGCAACUAUUUAUUACGACAUUCUGUCGAGUCCUUUUUGUUCCAUUUAGCAAAGAUAUCAUUAACUUACAUUCAUAUAUGUCUUAAUUGUAAAAAAAAAAAAAAACUUUUAUUAUAAUGAAGUCUUGUAAAAUCUCCUCCUUUUGAAUUUAUUUUACAUUAAGCUUUGUCAAAAUAAUUGUUAAUAAAGGUUCUCUGUGUCCGUAAGGCGGCUUGUGAACGGCUGUAUUUGAGACUAGCCUGUUGCAUAACACGGCUGGUUAUUUUUCAAAUAUAAUAUGCUGUGAACUCCUGCAGAUAAGUCAAGAUCAAAAGCUUUCUUUUUGUGUGGCGCUUACCAGACUACCAUCACACUUACGUUCUUCAAGGGAUGAUGCCCCAGUGAAGCUGCGCUGUCACAUUUAAAGACUAAGCAAUUUAUUUUUCUGCCGUUUUUCGCGAGCUACCUGUGGAUCGGUAAACCAGAGGAAGAACGAGCUCAAAUCCUCCAAACAGCCGUAGGUUGUCCGAGACCCAAACCCAAAGUGAAACACUCACCACCAUGUUUUUUCUUAUUUUUGAUGACAAAAAACACUGUAUUUAUUGUUACCUACCGUUUAGAUUGAGUGCCUUUGAUAUCUGCUCUACACCUCAAAGCUACGUGGAUAUCAAAGAUAUUUAUCCAAAACUUGAGCUUACUUUUUUUUUUAAUACAAAGUUGUCUUCGGAGAAAAUUUUUUUUCUUUAUAGAAAGUUGUUUUCACCUGAAGUUGCAGCAAGGCAUUUUUAUUUUGUGUUGAAUUUGUGGGUCCCUGUGGACUAAAGUUGGAGUGUUUCCGAGUCCUUUUCAAAACCUCGUAUUUUACUGCAGCAGGCAGUCCUGGUUUUGGUUCCCCCAUCCCCCCCCAUUGGGGUUUGUGUUGGCUCCCAGUCUGGACCAGCAGAACUCUGCCAGUGACGCUUGCCACUGGGCCGAUGUCCCAGUUACCUGACGGACCCAUUUGUCACGGUGGAGCGUAACUGACGGUCAUCUCUCGUUUCCCUCGCUGUAUUUUCUUUUUGCUUAAAUGUGGUUUGUUUCGGUCAUUAAUCUUCGUGUUCAGCAGCAGUUGUAUUAUUUACAGCGCAGUUUAAUUUACAUCCCAUAAUGCUCCUAUAUUCCUGUGAUUGCCUCACAUUACACACUGCUUACAUAUUUACACGUUGCUCUUGGUGAGCAGUCGUAUCUCAUUUCAGGAGGCAGGAACAUGCUAUGCUAGUAUCUUACAGUGAUUUACAGAUUUGUGGAUAUAUAUUUAUUUCUACCGUGGCUAAUUAACCCUGUUUUGUCUGUAACCCAUUUGAUUGUAGUAUUUUGAAUACUGGACUAAUUUUGGUUCAUAUCACAUCAAAAUGUGACAUGUUGGUACACAUACAUAAUUAGUGAAGGUACCCGCAAUGUGAGCAUAUUUUUGGUGCAUACUUCUGUUUGUUCCACAUUCACAGGAUAUCAAACCUCACAUUACACAACACAGCAUGACAUAACAUAACAACAGUGUCAAAUUAAACUCAGACCCGUACAUUACUCCACCCUCCCAUACCAAAGACGGGUCCUCCACCCGACAAAAUAUAAAUACAGAAAGAAGCAAAUAGUGAUCUGAAUCCUUGUGUGUGUGUGUGUGCCAAUGUCAUAUAAACAAAAUAAAAAACAAACAAAAACAAAGUGACAGCCAGUCCUCAUUCCUUCAGUUAGAUUAUGUAACACUUGUGUGUGUGUGUGUGUGUGCGUGUGUUUGUGUUAUCAUAUUGGCCACAAAUCCUUGACUUAUUCCUGUAAUCAGAGGCAGAAGCAGGAUCACAAUGUUACAAUCAUAAAAAUAAAUGUUCAUGCAAGCUAUAUUGUAUUGUAAUGUGUAAUUAACGACAAAGAAAGAUGACACCGUGCUUUUAUUGGUCACACACUUUACGGCAUGCAGCCUAAAUGAAUGACGUCUUUGAAGAAGUGGAACUUCAUCGAGACAAACCGAGAGAACAUAUUCUCUGUGCUCAAGUGUUUAGAUGUUUUUUUUUAUUACCACCUGCGUUUUGUUGAGCGGGAAGGGGCCAUUGCAAUGAACACUUCAAGGAAAUAUCAUUCAUGCCAUGAAAAAUCUCAUAGUCAAAGUCCAGAAUGCAAGAAAGGAUCCAAAAAAUGUAUAGUAAACCAUAAAAUAUAGUAUACUGUGAUUAAAAUGUAUGUAUUGUAUGCAGUAUUUCAGCUAUAGAAAUCCCAUGAUAUAGUAUGUCAUUAAUUCUGAUGUAAAAUAGUCAUAACAAUAUCAUAUUAUAAUAAUCUAUGGACACAUAGUACAGUAUGCCAUUUGAAUUCCAUUAAAAUAUAGUAUAUGUUUCCAUCAAAAUGGCAGAAGAAUAUUAUAGUCUGGUAAAUCAUAAAAAAGGUCAUGAAAAAAUACCGUAUAAAUAUUAUAGACUUGUAUGUCAGAAAAUGACAGACAAAUAUCAUAGUAUAGUGGGGCCAUAAUAAUGACAACAAAUGUCAUGUACAAUGUAAUUGUAGAAUAUGCCAUUAAAAUGUCAUAAAUACGUCACAUUAUGGGUUGUCAUUAAGCUGCAGAAGGAAGAUCUUGAAAUUCCUGGAUUCCUCCAAGUUGACAUCCGCCGUGGCUCAGUGGAGGAGCGGGGUCGUCCUUGGAUCAGGAUCGGCGGUUCGAUCCCCGGCUCCGCUGGCCCACGUCGACGUGUCCUCGGGGCACUUAGCAGACACUUACCCCCAAAUGGGUCCUGCAUCUGUGCCUCCGGUGUGUGAAUGUCAGAUCGUCCCGAUGGAGUCGCUGCCAUCAGGGCGUGAUGAUGUCAUGUAGCUGCCAUCAGGGCGUGAUGAUGUCAUGUCGCUGCCAUCAGGGCGUGAUGAUGUCAUGUAGCUGCCAUCAGGGCGUGAUGAUGUCAUGUCGUGUACAAGUACUGUCUAUUUAUCAUUUGACUGUUUUCAACAUGCAUAUAUUCACUUUAUGAUGUUUUUUAAUGAUUUUCUUUCAACAUACUAUGCAAUUUUUUUUAUUAAUUACUCUUUGACAUAUUAUAAAAUGACCAUUUGUUGACAAGUACAAUCUAUCUGACUCUUUUCAACAUGCAUAUAUUCUAUGACUUUAUGACGUUUUUUAUGAUUUUCUUUCAACAUACUAUGCAAUUUGUUUCUAAUUACUCUUUGACAUAUUAUAAAAUGACAUUUGUUGACAAGUACAAUCUAUUUACCAUUUGACUGUUUUCAACAUGCAUAUAUUCACUUUAUGACUUUUUUAUGAUUUUCUUUCAACAUACUAUGCAAUUUGUUUUUAAUUACUCUGACAUAUAAAAUGACAUUUGUUGACAUUUUUUUUUUAAACGAGGUUUUAAUUGCUUUUUUCGACAGAUUUUUCUACGGCUUCCUUUCAUAUGACUUUUUAAUUGCUUUUUGUCGACAUAAUAUUCUAUGACAUGUUGUGCUUUGACUUGUUUCAACAUACUAUAUACGAUGAUAUAUGGAUUCUUGUUUUUCAAACCCUAUAUAUUACUUGCUUUCAUUAUUUCUUUCAACAUAUUAUACGAUAAAAUAAGAUACUAUUUGUUUAUAAUUACACUUUUCAAUGAACUAUUUUAUGACUUUUUGGACAUGCUGUCAAAUAGACACACAUAUACACGUAUACACAAAGAUUUUAAAGCCUCUCCUGCACCAAUCACAGCCCCGUGUUAAAAAUGAUUUUUAAACAGAUUUGAGUUCUUUCCGAAUAAAAUUAUGAAGGACUGGA